ACAGACGCGUUUGGUAUCCGUGUCAGCAGUAGUAAGUUUCAGUGCAAAGCGGCAAGCUCUCGCGUGAGCCCGGACCCAGAUUACUUCUACGUGAAUGGCCACAUGACUAUGGGAAGCCAAAAGGGUCAAAACUGAUUUCCCGCUCCUUUCGUUUGAGUUCUAGAUUUCUAAGAUUUAUUUAUACAAAUCAAUUUAUAUGAUGUAUCCAUGACAAUGUUUUUAAAGCUGUUACUUUAAUUUGUUUUUGUUAUAGGUAUGUAUGUUAAAGCAGUAACUGCUGUAUUUGAGUGUGCGAACAUGAUGCAUUGCCACGUAAAAUUAAUCUGAAGACAUUUUUUUGUGGAUCCUCUACUAAAACGUGUAAAGACUUGUCAUCUGGUCUUUGGAAUUCUCUGUGUGUUCGGUAAACAGAAGUCGUUAGCAGCUAGUAACGAAAGCUAACGUCAGCCGCCACCAAAGAUACAAUGUGAACCCAGAUGGUUGACUGCUGUCUCUUCCCCGAUCGCAAAACACGGGCCCUGACAACAAUUAAACGACUAUAUACGGUUUAGCUUGAAUAUAUAUCACAAAAAUAACAAAUGUACCAUUUCAAGUUUGUCAUCAGUCAAGUAUUUUCCGAAUAUUAGCUCAAUGCGUGCAACGUUUAGGAAGACCUCUUUGUUUCGUCUUCACUUUUAUUUAUUUAUUUUUUUACACUCCGCCACAACUUCCUUUCUGAUCCUGCACGACAGAACUUUGCCGUUUACUUGGCCGGGUUUUGACAUGCUUAUUAACGCGUUCGAGUUUGUUGUUCCUAAAUCAGUUAGUUUUUAUUAACGGUUCGGCUGUAUUACGUCUUUAUUUGAGACAAAAACCAAAACGGCCGAAGUGGGAGGUUAGCUAACAACUGAUUUCCAAUAGCAACAAUUAGCUGUCCGUUUAGCACGUUUGGGACCUUACACCGGUUGAAGAUGAGGAGGUCCAGAGGUGGAGGUGACGAGGACGCUCCCCGGCAGAACGGCUCCUCUGGCCGGAGGAGAGUCGAACAGCAGCACGGUGAUGGAGAAGAAGCCGGCCCUGACUUCAGCCCCGCUGGUCAGCAAGAAGAAGACGACGACAAUGACCUGGGUCUCAGGAGAGAAAUACGGAGCAAGUACAGAGAUCUCAUCAACUCAGUGCAACAAAAUAGGGAAGACAUGUUAAGUCCGUCCAACAACAGGCUUACAGAAGUGUUAGAAGAGGCGAACAAGCUUUUUAAAGAUGUGCGGCAGGCCAGAGAAGCGGCGCUGGAUGCCCAGCUCCUUGUCGUGGCCACGGACCUGGGGAAGGAGAAGGCCAGUCAGCUGUUUUCUGAAGGGAGCGCCUUUGAUUCCGCUACUUUUGCCGAGCACCUACCUUCACAGUUUGUGUUCCCAAACACGCUGCCUGGCCAGAUGGGAUCGAGACUUUUGGAGUUGUCCUUCAUGGGCCUCAACCGCCUGGAGGACGAGGAGGAUGAGCAGAACAGAGGUUCCGGUGGUUACUUGCCCAGAGAUGCCUGGCACAGACUGGCCAGGAGAGUACAGUGCUGCUUCAAGACUGCACCCUCUUUCCACUAUAUGAUGGGAUCUUUCUAUGCUGAGCCCCCUCCUCCAAAGCCGAGGAUAGAACGACAAAGGAAAGCACCCAGCAAGGAAGCCAAGAGAAUAAUGCCUACUCAGUUAAAGAAAAUGGAGGAGUCCCAUCAAGAAGCAACAGAGAAGGAAGUUGAGAGAAUCCUUGGAUAUCUGAAAAGUUACCACCAAGACGACCCAUCGCCAAUCUCAUACUACGAGUUUGUCAUAGACCCUAACUCCUUUUCCCGGACGGUGGAGAACAUUUUCCACACGUCCUUUCUCAUCAGGGAUGGUUUAGCUAGGAUCCACAUGGAUAAAGACCGGCUGCCUUGUAUUGAACCUGUGGAAGAGGAGGAUGUGGAUGCUGCAGGUUCAUUCAGCCGCCAACAGUGCAUCGUUUCCAUAAGCCCGAAGACGUGGAGGGAGCUCAUUGAAGUCUUUGAAAUCAAACACUCCAUAAUUCGACCUCCAGAAACACAGAACGAGUGACGGAGCACCUUAUCUUCCCUACAUGUUCUGCAGGUCCGAGCAAAUUUAUUUGCUUCAAGUCCUUUUUUUCCUUUUUUGUCGUUUUUAAAAAGAAAUAAAAUUCCUAAAGUUUUCCUUGUAGAACCCCUCCAUGGAAAAGUUUUUACAAACCCUGGUUUCACAUCUGUGUUCAAACGUGCCUUUGACCUGAUUUUAUACUGGUAGCAUUGUGUGAUGGCGUGGAGGGCUGGCAUCAAAGGACAUAUCAUUCCUGUGUUUAGAGCACCCAUCAGCUUUAUUUUUUUAUUUUAUCUUUUGGUUUAAAAGGCUGGAAAGCAGUGUGACAGCUACACAACUGAGAACAUCUGCAAGCACAAUUUUGGACUUACGGACUGUAAUUUUGACUCAGUCAGGAUGUUUUAUACUUUUAAAGCUUUUCUACUGAUGAUUUUCCAACUCGUCUUGUUUUAACUGCCACAUUUUUCUCUGCUCUGAAAUGUCAUUCUCUCAGAGGUAUAAUUGUAAAAAUAUAUUGUCCGAGUUCUUCAUUAUGUUGGUAUUGUACAAAUAUGUUUUGUGCUCAUUAAAAGUUUGUGUGACACACAUA